AUGAAUGGUGUACUGCCAAUGUUGACGUGGGGCACAUGGGACGACACCGAAUGGACACACGCAAAUAAUAACACUUCAAUUCCUGGCAUUGCUGCUAUAGCCGUUGAUUGUGCAGCAUCGUCGAAAAAGCAGCGAAGCUUUCGCAAAUUGCGUAAAAAAGCUCUACAAGCGCCAAAGAACUCGCAGCUUUGGUUCGAGGAGCUGCUCGAGCGAUUAGAAGGCACUUCCUUUGGUCGUGAGAAGACCAAAUAUCAUUGCAAUCCACUCAAGUGUUUGCACACAUCAAGAGAGUCUCGUAGCGAGACGGCGACAAAAAUUCCUUGGGCCGAUCUACCCGACGGCAUUCACCCACGCGAUGGAAAACUACCACCACAACGAGCAAGGAACAAGCAACAUCAAGUUGACAAUCUGGCAGUCUUCUUACAACGUAUACUGAGACCAGGCAAUAUAGUGGUCGAGUUUUGUGCCGGGUCCGGAUAUGUAGCACUGCCGCUUGCUUGCCUCUUUUCGCACUGCACAUUUGUGUUACUUGACAAGAAGGAGCCUUCUCUUGCUAUCGCCAAGGAGCGCAUUGCUGCUGCUCAUUUGACCAACGUGGAGAUCUUCUGUGGGCUCAUUGACGACUACUGCAAACCCUUUGACGUAGGCAUCGCACUGCACGCUUGUGGCGAGGCCACAGACAUGGUGAUGCAAAAAUGUCUCGCGGAGCGGGCCGCGUACGUGUUGGCCCCGUGCUGCGUCGGCAAGAUAAAGUCAAGCAAAUGGGUCUACCCUCGUUCUGCUACUCUAGCCGCUGAGCUCUCACGCACCGAGUACGAAGUACUGGCGAAAGCUGCCGACUUUGGACAUUCGAGUAGAGGUGCCGUAGCACAGACGGAUAUCAACCGCAGACGCCGACGCUGCAAGACUCUCCUUGAGAGUGAUCGCAACGUAUGUGCAGAGGAAGCGCUGUACGAUACGUUCAUGUUCAUCAUGCACCCGGCGACAGCCACUCCCAAAAAUGAUGUAUUGGUUGGAAUCCCACGUACCCUUGCCGUCGGACAAAACACAACGCAGGACGUGAACAAGUUCUUCCAGCUCGCAUGCGAUGAUAUGCUGUCGACUGACUCGCUUGUACGCGAAGCAAUGCUCAGCACUUAG